AUGGGAUUACGAAAACCUCGGUUACACAUGACAGGUGUCAGCAAUUCUGAUAUAAGAACAGCGCCUGAAACCAAAGCAGAAAGAAAAGCGAGACUGCCGCUAUAUGAGAGUGCUUAUCCAUAUCAUCAGGCACAACUAGGAUUAUCCAGAGUGAAAUCAUUGCCGAUAUCUAGAGAAAAUCCUUUCCAAACACAGACAACUUUUUAUGAUACUCAUAAUAAAAAAAUCAAACCCAAAGAACCCAUUGCAAGGCCAAAAACUUCGAAUUUAGGAGGGGAAAAUCUCUUUACUGGUGGGGAUAAUGAGCCAUAUCUUAAAAAUGCACAAAUGAAAGCUAACCGACCAUCAAAAGAGGAAGAAAAAAAUAUCAAGAAAUUCGAUAAAUAUCAUAAAACGAAAGAAAUUGAUAAUAAGAUUGCAAUACAAGAAACGCAGCUUGUGCAUAUGGAUCAUAAGCAUACUCUUGAAGGAAAAGUAGACUUAAAAAAGGUAGCUGAUAUUAGAAGAACUAUGAGAAGGCGUUAUGCAAAUAGAACUGACUUUAGAAAAAUUUUAAAUUAUUUUCUAAUGAAUAAAUUUAUUUUUUAAAAAUAAUUUCUUUUGGAUAAAUCAGCCAGAAAUAGUAUAACCAAUGAGACGAAAGAUCAUUAGGUGUUUUACGUCCUGAAGAUGUCUGCAAAAUGGUCAAUAAAAUCGGAAUUCCUAUCAAUACCCUGGAAGCCCGAGUUUUAGUGGCAAGCGCAAACCAAAGCAAUACUGGAGCUUUAAAUUUAGAUGAGUUCAUGCAACUAAUUUUUGAUCAAGAUGACAGGCUAAAUGUCGAUUUAGCAGCUCUAACUGAAGAAAACCCAUCUCCAGACUCAGAUAAAAAAUUAAUUGAAAUGCAUGAAUCAGCUGUAAAUCAGCACACCAAGAAAAUCCAAAAUGAGCUAAAAAUCCAGCUUAAGGAAAAAAUAAAUGGGUUAGCAGCCCAGCUUAUCAGAAGAGAUAAAAAUAAGACUGGAAAAGUAAAUUUUGAAUAUUUCGCCAAUAUUCUGAACAAUAUGGAUUUACCUACUAGUAUAGCGAAUGAAAAGCACUGGAAACUUCUAUAUAUGGAUAUGGGAGGAAAUGAUGAAGGGCUUAACUAUAGAGAUUUUAUAGACAAACUAAAUGAGUUCGACCAAUCAAACGCAGCCAGACUUGAAGAAAUUGGGCCCCCUGUUAAUCCAUUGAUACAAGAGUACAAUAAAUUAACAAAUGAUACUACUGAUGGGUUCGGCAAGCCACCUAAGCAAAGCACCAUGCAAUAUAAAGGAAGCCUCGCAAUAAUUGACAGACAAAAAGCCCCUGUAAAUCAGUUAGAUAACAUUUUUCUUAACUCCCCCCCCAUCCUUGAUCGAACGACUCGCCAUCGUUCGAUUAAAAAAAAAAUUUUUUUGGGAAAAAAAUUUUAUAUAUAAAAUGAAAAAGAUAUAUAUAGAUUUGUUUUAUUUACUUUAAAUAGAGGGGUUAAGAGUAUUUAAUAAUUAUUUUUACAGCAAAAAAUUGAAUUAAUUUCAUAAAAAUACCAAUUUUUAAUAUUUUGAUUUAUUAGUUACCCUUUUAAACUGUAUAAAUUUUAAUUUAAAUAAAUAUUUUUUUAAAAUUUUAAAGAAUCUCUAUUUUAUUAGAUUAUUGAGCUUUUAAGCCUAUGUUGAUGUCUAAAUCACUUCGGAUGGUUGAUUUCGCAGCUUUCUGUCGUCUCAAAGCUCUGAAAAACAACUUCAUUAGGCACAUCUUCCAAAGCAUUUGAUAACUUAAGAGCACGCAAAAUAAGGCAAUUCUUACGAGAAGGUGUCGAUUCCCAACAAAAAUUAAAUGAAGAGCUCUCACAAGCUGGCAUCGACAACAAAGUAUCUCAAGAACAAUUAAAAGACUUCGUCAUAGCCAAGCUAAAAGAAAAACAAACUUUUAAAAUAACAAAAAAAGAGCUUGAAGGGUUUUUAUCCUCAUACAUCUAUAACAAAGACGGCCUUGCUUUAGUAGAAGACAUCACUAACAAUAUUUUUAUGGAAGACACAAAGGCAGCACAAGAGCUUCAUAUCAUAAAACGAGCAGUUCCUCCAUAUCGAGAGACCAAAAAUUAUGAUGUAAAUUCUAAUGGAAAUGUGAAAAGGCUUCUCAAAGAUAUUGAGGAAAAAAUGUUUGUCCAAGGGUCUCAGCGAAGUCUGAAUAUUUUUAAAAAAUUCGAUAGAGAUGGCGAUGGGUUUAUAACUAAAGAAGAUCUUCAGUCUGCAUUGGAAUUAAACAAUAUUGUGCAUAGCUCAGAAGAUGUAGAAGACCUUAUGGCAUUUUUAGAUGAUGGAAAAAAUGGACAUGUAGGCUUUAGGGAGUUUUCUAAACAUGUACAGCCUAAUAUUAUACAGUCAAAUCAUGAGAGGCUACAAGAAGACAGCCAAAAGUUUAUGAAUAUUUCUCAGCCUUCAUCAGGAUUUUUGAAAGCUCAGAUGAGCCAAACUGAUUUUUUUAACAAAGCGCAUGAAAAUUUAAGAAACCAGUUUCGGCCUGACGAUAAGCUGAUCCAGCUAGUUUCAAAUACAAGGUAUGGCUCUAAUCCACCUCAUAAAGACACCUUUGCCCAGCACUUGCCGCCAGUUGAUGCAGGGAUGUAUGCAAGUGAUGAAGAAAGAUUUUCUGCUAAAAAAUUCCAGCCUUUAAAUAUGGGUUUAGAAGACAAACAGAAAUUGGCUCAAAGUAAAGAUAUUAGGCUGCAAUAUAUAAAAAACGUAAGAAAUGAUAUUGAUAGCAGGCUGUCAAAUAUUCAAGAAAUUGCUGAUAAAAAAGAAAAUAAUAAAAUAGUUAAGCGGUCAAAUAUGAAAGAAGAAUAUGAGCUGGUAAUUUUUUAUUUAGAGAUGCAAAUUAAAUUCACCGUUUGCCCACCUACAAAUUGGAUAA